UGGAGCUGUUCAGUUGUAACGUAAACACACAACGAAGCGGAGCUUGGAGCAGGGCUUUGUAUGAAUAUUAAUGAAAUAGUUGUGUGCUUAAUUAGAUACGUUUUAUUCCACUAAAAAUUUCAAAGAAAAACACUAAACGAUGGCCACGAAAAGUCGUUGUUGCGUAGUUGGUGCCGGUGCGGCGGGCCUCUGCGCGCUCAAAUACGCACGCGAAUAUGGCAUGGAAGCGGUGGCCUAUGAGAAAUGUAAUGAAAUCGGCGGUACCUGGGUGUACACUGAACAUGCCCUUGAUGGGUGUGCAACGGCGGAGGAGGUGCACAGCAGCAUGUAUGAAGGGUUGCGCACCAACUUGCCAAAGGAGGUGAUGGAUUUUCCCGAUUUUAAAUUUCCCGCGAAUUUGCGCGAAUCCUACAUUCUGGCUAGUGAUGUUUUGAAAUACUUUCAAGCAUACGCGCAACACUUCCAACUACUGCCACAUAUUAAAUUGCAGCAAGAGGUAAUACGCGUGCGGCCAUUGCAAGGCAAAUGGGAGGUUUUAACGCUUGAUUUGCUCAGCGACAUCUAUACAACGGAGCAAUUCGAUUAUAUUUUCAUAUGCAAUGGCCGUUAUGCUACACCCUCUUAUCCGAGUACUGAGGGCAUCGAUCUCUAUAAAGGCAAUAAAAUGCAUAGCCAUGUUUUUCGCAAAGCUGAGACAUUCAAAGAUGCCACGGUCCUCAUGGUGGGUGCUGGCCGCAGCGGCAUGGACAUCACUCAUCAUAUUUACCCGUAUGCCAAACGCAUCUACCUCAGUCACCACCUCCAACAGAAGCCACCAAUCACAGACUUUAUGCCGAAUGUUGUACAAAAGCCGCUUGUGCAGCGCUACACGGAAAGUGGCGCCGUUUUCAAGGAUGGCACUCAAGCCAACUUCACUCACAUUAUAUUCUGUACUGGUUACAAUUUAACAAUUCCCUUCCUCAGCGCCGAUUGCAAUCUACAAGUGCAUGACAAUUUCGUAUUUCCACUCUACAAGCAUUGCAUUAACAUCUAUCAUCCGACGAUGUGCUUCAUAGGAUUACCAAUUUAUGCCUACCCGAUACAACUCUUCGACAUACAGAUGCGCUUUGUGAUGCAAUACUACAGCGGAAAAUUGCAAUUGCCCAGUACAGAAGAUAUGCUAGCGGACACGGAACGCGAUUUGGCAGAGCGUAGAGAGCGUGGAUUACCGCGUAGAAAGUCGCAUGUGGUAGGCGAGCGACAAUUCGAUUACUAUGAUGAACUGGUGGCAUUGACGGGCAUCGACAAUAUCAGGCCAGUCAUCAAGACACUUUCAAAAAGUUGUGGCGGCAAAUUUCUCUAUGAUUUACAAAAUUAUCGCAAAACAGCUUUUAAAGUAAUUGACGAUGAACAUUUUGUGCAAUUUAAACUGGGCGAAAUGUAAGGCAAGCAAACAAAAACAAAAAAACAAAAACAGUUGACGGUUGACAUUUGUGUAUUAAAUUUAUUUAGCCACUGGGUAAUUUAAGCAAAAUAAGUUUAAAUUUAUUAAUUAAUUGCUUUUCUGCCAGUUUUAAGCUUAGUGUUAUAAUGAAACGUAUAAUAAUUCCAAUAAACUAUAAUAGAAAAAAAAUCUCUGCACGCGCAUGCGUUGGCGGAAGGAUCACAA